AUGGAGGGAAGUUUUUUGGUUCGUCAAAUAUAUGAGGACGAAAUAACUUAUAAUUUGAUAACCGCUGCUGUUGAAAUACUUCAAAUUCCCGCUGAUGCAAUUUUGGAGUCGUUCGGAAGAACUUUCUUUGAGUUUUGUCAAGACUCAGGAUAUGACAAAAUUUUGCAAGUUCUCGGAGCUAAUCCUCGUGAUUUUCUACAAAAUCUAGAUGGUCUACACGAUCACCUGGGUACCCUGUACCCUGGAAUGCGAAUUGUAAAGACUGUAGCCAGCAAGCUGCACAACACUGAGGUGAAAGUGGAAAUUCUCAAAACGAAGGAGGAAUGCGACCACGUUCAAUUCCUUAUCACGGAAACUUAUACCCCUAGCCGCGUUCCUGUACCGGAAAUAGCUGAAAUUGAGACCUUGUCACUUGAACCAAAAGUGAGUCCAGCUACUUUCUGUCGCGUCUUUCCUUUCCAUCUAGUGUUCGACCGGGAACUUAACAUUAUUCAGGCAGGGCGCACCGUGUCUCGUCUCCUACCCAGGGUUACUAGACCUGGCUGUAAGAUUACAGAAGUCUUGGAUACGGCUUUUAUACUCUGUGUUACCAAUAAGCGUCGCUACUGA